AUGCAGGGCGCAAUGGAGUCAGGGGCGGCGGCGCAGCAAGGACUUACCGAACUACAUCAAGGAUUGGACAACGCGCUGGAGUUUAUGGAAGGUGGAAAUGCAGAGGAGACGUUGACUGCAAUACGCGGGGCGGUGCGGAGUGGUCUUUAUCUCUCAAGAACCCAUGAGGAAGCGAUUGAGGGGACCGACGAAAUUUUGCAAUCUGGACAUGGACAGUAUUUACCGGGUGAAGUUAAGCAGUUGCAGGGACUGGCAGCAAGUGAAUUAGGACUCGCAGCGGGACUUAACCUGCUGGCGGAUCGUCUUUGGGAGUUAGGCACGAACCAGAUGCAAAUCGAUCCCAAAACUGUUUGGCGGCUUAACGCUGCUGCCGAUGCCUUUGAACGCUCUGCGCGAGCGUUGGAAGACCGGAAGCCGAACCUCGCUGUCCCGAUCCAGAAGCAGGGAUUGGCAGAUCUCAAUCAAGCGGUUGCGGAUCUGCUCGAAGCGAUGGAUCAGAUGAACCAGCAGAUGGGUGAAGCUGGGAUGCAAAAUAUGCUGGAACAACUUGAACAACUGGCACAAAGUCAAGGGCAACUGAACGAAAUGGCGCAGCAGUUGAACCAGCAGAUGCGGAGACAAGGGCGCACGCCAAGCAACGAGCAGAUGCUCCAACGGAUGGCGUAUGAGCAGCAGAUGAUUCGGGAAGCCACAGAACGGGUGGCAGAUAUGAUGGAAAGGCUGUCGGAAGUGCUUGGCGAUCUCAACACUGUUUCUGAAGAGAUGCGGGAAGUAGAAGGGGAACUUCAGAGAGGGAACCUGAAUCAACAGGUGCUGAAUAAACAACGGGAAAUCUUGACACGGCUGCUCGAAAGCUCCAAAUCGUUGCAGAAGCGAGAGGUCAGCAAAAGACGGAAGAGUGAGGUCGCUAAAACGCCAACUGCCACCGGAGAUGAUGCACCCCCACUCGACCCCAAGCUGCUAGAAACUAUACAGCAAAUUGAAUCGAGUCUCAGAUCUGGGGAUCGGGAAAGCCUUCCGCCUCAGUAUCGAGAACUGAUUCAGCAGUAUUUCAAGGCGUUAUCCCAGCAGACGCAGAAAAAAUUGUAG